AUGUCUGCUUUUUCAAAAGAACAGCAGGAAGAAGUUGCCAAGGAUAGCGAGAGUCGACCCAAACGACAAGCUCUCAAUGAUAAAACCUACCCUGGUAACAGAUGGCCACAUGUCGUUAGUUACACACUUGACAAUACUCUAGAUAGCAAGUCUAAAGAGGCAUUCAAGAAUGCCACGUAUUUAUGGAUGAACGACACGUGCAUUGACUUCAUGGCGAUCUAUGCCCAGAAUCUGAGGAUAUGA